AAUGUAUGGUGCAUCUACUGAUAUCAAAUUAUCAUGACACAUGCCGGAUUUGGCUGUUCAGGCCGUUCAAGAAGUGUCCAUGGAACUAAGAAAAGGAUGACAGAGUCAUCCAGAGUGAUACUGAAUGUCUCCCACAAGAGAAAACACAGCAACAUAGAAUUUAGAGGAACACUGCCAAUAUUGCAUGAUGGUGAGGAGCCAUGUGAAGUGACACUGAGUGGGCCAUGUGGUGUUGUGUCUGAGGGCAGCUUGCUAGACCUGUUUGCUGAGGGAGCAUUUGGCACCAAAAUAGCUGAAGAAAUUUUAGAAAAAUAUCUAAAAAUCCAGGAAGCGGUGCUAAGUGGAGAAGAUGUCUCUGACAGUGACAUGUUCUUCCUCCUUGAUGCCACCCGCAGAAGGGAUCGGCAUGAGAACAAAGAGGCAGCCACAGACGUGGGCUUGUCGGAGGCUGUUCAGGCAAUGCCCAGGAGUGCUUCAGAUCAUGAUGAACUCAUGUCAACUGGCUUGCCAGACACACCCUCAGCAGACAGGCUACAAGGCAUGGCACACCUUGAGGAGCCUGCUGCAUGUGCAGACAGUGGCAGUGACAGCAACAGCAUUGACUCAGACGACGACGGCGACGAUGCCCGGCCGGCGGCCCCACUCCGUCGCCGCCUGGUGCUGCAGCCAGAGGAGGUGCUGUUCCUGUCGCACGCGCUCGGCUGCGUGCGGGUGCGGACGGCGAGCGGCGAGGUGCUGGCCAGUGACGCGCUGUUUGGCCACCUGGCGGCGGGUGACCGCCACCUAGCGGCGCGCUACGCGGCGUACCUGGCGCUGCGCGGUCGGGGCUGGGUGGUGCGCGAUGGCCUGCUGUCCGGAGCCGACUUCGUGGUGUACAAGCGCGGUCCGGCCUUCUACCACGCGUCGGUGGUGGCCUCUGUCCAGGUGCUCAGUCUCGAGACGCGGCGGCCGGUGGCCGAGCGCAACUGGCGCUCCUGCAGCUGGCUGUACGUGGCCGGCCUCUGUCGCACCGCCGAGCAGGCGGCCAAGGACGUGCUGCUGGUGCGGCUGCUCUGGCCGGACGGGCUGGAGCCGGCCGGCAGUCUCGCCUACCUGAGGCUCGUCAGCGUGGAGGAGGUGCUGGUCCAGCGCCGCACGCCCAGGCGCGAGCCGGAGAGGGGCCCCGGCGGGCAGACCUGAGGCUCGCCAGCAUGGAGGAGGUGCUGUUCCAAUGUUGAUGUGGCUGUACGUGAGGGGAGGGACGGAACUCAUGGUGGCUUCGCCGCGAGGCAAUGAGAGGGAUGUGUAUAUUAUUGUGUGUUGGCUUGUUUUGGCGUUGGUGGUUCGUACUUACGGUUGUUGGUCACUUGUGUGUGGUAGUUAUGUAAUUGACAUUCAUGAACUUUGCUUUUGAUUUGUAAUAGUAUUUUAAUUGGUAUUAUGUAGUGUUAAGUUGAAAUACGCAAUAGCAUUGAUAAAGAGGACGCGUGAAUGUCGCGUGGAAAGCUGUCACAUUUCAGGUUCAUUCACGCAAGAGCAUGUGAUUGAAUCGCUGGGGAGGAGUCACCUCAGACCUGCUGGGGAGCGUGGUGUAUCUAUCCGCGGGUGUCACGUGUUUUUGUUCGUCUCCACUGCGCGACUGCGGUAUUUUUGGUUGUGUUUGGCCCGUGCGCCUGUUCUAGACAACACGCCAGGACAACGAAUGAUCGACCAUUCCCUGCAUACGCAGACUCCGUCAGACGUGGAACAUUCGGCGCUCAACAUUGGACAUUGACACAUACUAACCGCCUAGCGCUCGGGGCUGGUCGUUCUUGCGUCCGUCCUUAAACUAUGUGAGCCAGACGGAGGAAUCGCAGACCUUUCGGCGGUUUAUUAAGAUCCCCGACGCUCUUCUGUUUUGUUUCUAGAUUACCUCGCGUUCGUCCGCAUAUUCGCAUAUUAUUUCCGAUCCGUAUUGUGCUCUUAGGAGUACUCGUAAUAUGACAUAUUACCAUGAUCACGUGGUAUACCAAUGUGAUGAUAAUAUGUGUUCUUUGCAUUGGUGUGAGUUGCGUACCUGCGCGUGGGAUGUUAAAAAGUAUGGCUGCUAUCAGGAUCCCCCUGUUUCAUUCUUUGUCCGUUCGUGUCGAUGAUGAAUCGGUCGGGUGACCGCGGAUAAAUUACAGUGAAAAGAAGAUUUGGCCUGGCUCCUGGUUGCGUGAACGAGCAAAGAAAUAAUCAAGAAAAGAGAGAUUUAGAUGGGAGAAGCGUUCACGACUCAUGUUAGACACAUGUUGAAGAGGACAAAGCCGCGUAGCGUAAUGGUGGCCGGUAUGGAGGGAGUGUCAUGCGACCAGGUUACAAAAGAGAAACCUGCGCUGCAGGGGCACAGGAGGACGCUCUGAUCUCGUCUGCUUCCGUAAACAUGGCUACUCAGCCCGUAGUGUAGCGGACUCCUCUGGUCGUAACGGAGACUGUUGAUGCCGUCAUGGUGCAGAUGUGCCACCUAUCGUGGCUGAUGGUCAGGAUCGUAUUGAAUAUUGCGUAUCGCCAUGUUGGAAUGUGUUGACCACAGUGGUAGAUGUUCCAGCUCUGCAGUUUCGCUGAUGUCUUUCGAUAAGUUCAUUGUA